GAUUCUAUAUAACAUAUGUGUGUGACCACAUACCCUUCAUUCCACUUCUAACUAAACACAUUCUUUUCUUACCCAUGGCAAAGCUAUUCCAUUUCCUUCCUCUUUUCUGUCUCAACCUAUUGUUCAUUGUGACAUUCUUUCAAACAGUUUCAGCUCAAACUGCUAUAUCCCCAGCCCCAUCAGGACCAACAAACAUAACACAAGUCCUAGAAAAAGCAGGCCAAUUCACAACAUUCAUGAAGCUACUAAAAGCAACACAAGUAUCCGAUCGAAUCAAUUCGCAGCUCAACAAUUCAAACCAAGGCUUAACAAUCUUUGCGCCAACAGAUAAUGCAUUCUCAAGCCUAAAAUCAGGAACAUUAAACUCAAUAAGCACACAAAACCAGCUUCAGCUUUUGCAGUUUCAUAUUCUACCAACACUUUACACAAUUUCGCAGUUUCAAACUGCUAGUAACCCCUUACACACGCAAGCCGGAAACAGCGAUGAUGGAGAGUAUCCUCUUAAUGUUACUACUUCUGGAAAUCAAGUUAAUGUGACUACUGGUGUGAUUGAUACAACUGUUUCUAAUACUAUUUAUAGUGAUAACCAGCUUGCAGUUUAUCAGGUAGAUAAAGUGCUUCUUCCUAUGGCGCUUUUUGGACAAGGUCCGACGGCUGCUCCGGCUGAGGCGCCUGCACCGACUAAGCCGGAGAAAAGUGUUCGGGCUUCUGAUGCUCCGAAAGGGUCGUCGGAUAGUCCGGCUGUUGAUUCUAGUGCUGUUGGUUUGAAUGGAUAUUCAGGUGUUACAUUGUUUGCUGCUGUUUUUGCAAAUGCUGUUGUUUCUUAUUUGUGGAUGUAAGUAUUUGGCAGAAAAAAACCAUGUUAUCUUCUAUUUUAUUUUCUUUCCUUAAGGUGAGUUUGAGUUUAUUGAUCUCUUGUACUUUUGUUGUUACAAUGUGAAGAAAAUUUUGAGUGUAAUAUAAAUGAUUUUUUUUAUAUAUAAUUGAAAUAUGUAAUAUAGAAGUGAAGCCAUUUGUUUA